AUGGAGGAGCAAAAGGAUCAAAAUAGCCGUGAUUCGACCGAGGGUGAGAACGUUUCACUCUCUCCGAAUAUUCCGUCUCCUCCGAUUUUGCCUCACCAGGCAGCACAGCAAGUACACAGAACCACUAACUUUUUUAUAGAUAAUAUUCUACGGCCGGACUUCGGUUGCAAGAAGGACCUUGUGAACCGGGAGCGGGCACAAACAUCGGGCAGAGAGAACGUCAACCCCUUGAUUAUAAGGCCAUCUCACGCAAGCAGCCUUUGCCAGGAUUCGAACUGUAGUAGUGACAGCACUUCAUCGUCUUCGUCGUCCUCGCCGUCCUCCAAGCAGACUCCGUCAAAGCUUGUCGAGGGGAGUGGAAGUACUACACCAAGAUAUGGAGAAAACGCAACGUCGAUAACGGUUGUGAAUUCUAGUAAUGGAGGAUCUUCGUCUGGUUUUAAAGAAUCACAGCCGCUUCUUUGGCCUGCAUGGGUGUACUGCACGAGAUAUUCAGACAGACCAUCAUCUGGCCCAAGGACACGAAAAUUGAAAAAGAAGAAAAGCGAGAAAGAAGACAAGCGACCGAGAACCGCUUUUACGGCUGAACAGCUGCAAAGACUUAAAGCCGAGUUUCAGGCGAAUCGCUACAUAACCGAGCAGCGAAGACAGUCACUGGCACAGGAACUGAAUCUGAAUGAAUCGCAAAUUAAAAUCUGGUUUCAAAAUAAGAGGGCGAAAAUUAAAAAAGCCAGUGGCUACAAGAACGGCCUGGCCCUUCAGCUCAUGGCACAGGGACUGUACAACCAUUCCACUACCACCAUUCAAGAGGACAAGGAUGAUAGCGAAUAG